AUGUCGGCCGUCCAACCUGUCGCCGUUUACGCCCUCCAGGUUCCUGCUGGAGCUAUGGUUCCCGCUGUGCCCAAUGCUGCCGCUUCUUUCCGUGUCAGCAUGGCUGCUAUUGACCCUGAUGAGGAGCCUGAUUUUGAAGAUGGUGGCUCCAGCAAGCCUUCGCGCGCUACCUUGAAGAUUGUUCGCGUUCCUCCCGGUCUCGAUAUGGGCGAGGAUGAUGAGGAUGAUGAGGACUACAGCGACGAGGAGGAUGACGAGGAAGACUCCGAUGACGAGGAGGUCAACGGUGGCCCCAGCGACAAGGAGAAGGCCCGCAAACUGAAGCAGGCUGCCGCCCAGAAGGAGCUUGAGGAUGCCAUGGAUGAGGACGACUCUGAGGAUGAGGAGGGUGGUUUUGAUCUGAAGGCUGCUAUCUCUAGACUCAUCAAGGGCAAGAACCCCGCCACUGAUGACGACGAGGAGUCCGAUGACGGCUCCGACGAGGGUCUUGACCUCGACGAGAACGUUAUCUGUACUCUGAGCCCCGAGAACAACUGCCAGCAGGCUCUUGAUAUCACUGUGUGUGAGGGUGAGCGUGUCUUCUUCAAGGCCACCGGCAAUCACACCAUUUACCUCACUGGUAACUACGUCAUUGGUAUCGACGAGGGCCGCCCCGACUUUGACGAGGAUGAGGAUGAUGAGGAGGACUACGACCUGUCCCCUGAUGAGGAAGAGCUCGACAUGGAGGAGCUCCUGGCCAUGGAUGGCGAGGACAGUGAUGACCUGGACGAUCUGGAAGACCCCCGUGUCACUGAGGUCGACAGUGAGGAUGAGCCCGCCCCCAAGCUGGUUGAGGCCAAGGGAAAGGGAAAGAACAAGCGUGCCGCUGAGUCCGAUGAGGUGACCCUCGACGAUCUGAUGGCCAAGGGUGCCAAGGGCAAGGCCGCCAAGGAGGAGCCCGCUCUCACCAAGGCCCAGCAGAAGAAGCUCAAGAAGAACAACGGUGACGCCGCUGCCGUUGAGGCUAAGAAGGAGGCCGAGGCCAAGAAGGAGCCCAAGGCCGACAAGAAGGUUCAGUUCGCUAAGAACCUUGAGCAAGGUCCUACUCCCUCCGGUGACAAGCCUACCGGUACUCUCGGCGUCAAGGAGGUCCGUGGCGUUCUGCUUGAUGACAAGAAGCUCGGAAAGGGUGUUGCUGCCAAGAGCGGCAACACCAUCGCCAUGCGCUACAUUGGCAAGCUUGAGAACGGCAAGGUCUUUGAUUCCAACAAGAAGGGCAAGCCUUUCACCUUCAAGCUCGGCCGAGGUGAGGUCAUCAAGGGCUGGGAUAUCGGUGUUGCUGGCAUGACCCCUGGCGGUGAGCGCCGUAUCACUAUUCCUCCUCAGCUCGCUUACGGCAAGAAGGCCCUUCCCGGCAUUCCUGCUAACUCCAAGUUGAUCUUCGAUGUUAAGUUGCUGGAGAUCAAGUAA